AUGCAAGCCUACCAUCCUGAAGCCAAUCUGUUCAAUCGACAGGCAUUACACGAUCCUUACAUGAAGAUGCGAGAUGGUACCGAACGAGCUAGUGCCAUGGACCUGAUGAGCGUAUCAACACCACGCGCAUCGACUUUGGGGAGCUGCCAGCAACUGGACGCUUGGACCUUGUAUGAACUGACAAAGGAGAAACAAAAGAUGAAUCUGGCGUCAAAAACGGCAAGUGGGAAAGGGCAGCCAGAAGUUGUUGGAGUCACAAAGCAAAGCAAGAAGAAGAAGACUGACAAAUCCAAUAAUAAGUCAACGAGCUUACAAUACAAUAACGGGGAAUCCAUCACCACGGAACGACGAGACGCCCCCGAAAGGGACAAUGACUUGGACAGGGUUGGCAGCAGAAGCCAUCGUCGGAGUGUGGUCCUUCCCUUGAGACUUUCCCACGCCGACAGAGAAGUGGACCAAAUGAUUGCCAACGCCAAGUCGAAACGAAACAGCUUACUCAGUGAAGUCACUCUCAAACUGAAUGAGCAAAGUGGACUAGUAGUAGUAGCAUCGGAACCGGAAUCUCUGGGUGAUUCCCUAUCCAGUCUCCCCGACUUUCGGUGGGACGACAUGAAACAGAGCAAAGGAUCCAAAAGAAAGAAUAGAGGCUCCAAACGAAGGAGCAAAGCUUCCAAGAAAAAGGGGACUGUCGAAUUUGAGUUUCUAAAAGAAGAUGAAGACUACCACAACAGUUGCUUCUUUUGA